AACCCCGCUUGAAACUUAUCUUUUACAACAUUCAGAAAUCUCACAUUCGUUCUACAACCGCCCUCAAUCGCCAGAACUUUACAGACACAUUACACAUUAAGAAAAAUGGCUACUUCCUAACCUCCGUUCAUCCUAUUCGAAACCACGAAGCAAAACAGCAAAAUGCCUUCCCCCGCCACCACUCUUGCCGGCCAGGAGAAACCACCCAGUCCAAAACGAAUAAAUAAUCCUCGCCGACUUCUCAUUCUAACAACCUCGCAUCAAUCAAACCGUACAAUACCCAUGUUCCUCCAUUCCUUAACCGGUGUAAAAGUCACACCACCAAUCUCGUCUUCCUCUACAUCGACAGCACCAUCGACAGACAAUCAAUCCUUCGCCGGCUACACAACGCACGCCCCAUUCCAAAUAACCAAUAAAUACUACUCUGCCGAAGUACCUAUAUGGGUUGACGAGAUACCUAUAUCUUUUUCCCCAGAGGCUCCUGGAGCUCUUGCGGAGGAGAGGAUAGAAACAAGAGCACAAUGGAAAACAUCCUUCUUAUCCGAUGAAGCUCGCGAAGUCCGUGAUGCGAUUGGCGCUAUAGUCCUGUGUGUACGAAAUCCGAGUUUAAUGAUUGGCAAAGCUGUACCGAGGGAGGCGUAUGAUCUUGCUUCAGCUGAAAAUGGUAAUGCUAAUGGAGGGGAAGAUGCGAGGUUACAAGCGGUUAUUGAAGAGGAUAGGAAAGAUGCAGCGGAUAGAGAGGAUGUGCAUAUAAUCAAGGAUUUAGCGGGGAUAGUAAGUGAAUUAAAGAGGAAGAUUGAGCGGGAACGGAACGGUGAGGACGAAGAGGGUCUUGGAGGAGAAGAGAUGCAGGGAACAUCUGAAGUACCGGGGUUAUUAGUCCUGAUUGACGAAAAUCCGUCAGCCGUGAAAAAGAAGCAGAUAUCCGAAAGUGAAGAUGACGAUACUCUCGGGCCACGAGAACCGUUUACGUCACCCUGGUGGGAAGAUAUAUUAUAUGAGCAAGGCACAUUCGGCAUGGAGGUUAUUCAAUGGACUCCAUCGUCACCUACAACAAAUACAGAUGUACCAGAAAUGAGGAAUAUAUACGGUGAAUUAGAAGGAUUACCACGCAUAAAGGAGGUUCUGUCUACACAUGAAUGGACUGCGUCGGCCUCUGACGGCUUCAGCGACGAUGCUGAUAGUGACGACGAUAUAAUGUCCUUCCUCAACAGUGGGACCAGAGGGUUCAGGGAUGAAGUCGAUCAAUUAGAGCGUGAAAUGAUGGGGUUGAGAUUCGCUAUUAACGAGAGUCACGACAAUGACGAGGAGAAAGAGGAAGAGGAGAACGAAGAUACAGAGUUGGAAGUUGAGAAUUUGGAAGCGUUGAUGAUGCGUAUGAGGGCUAUUAAAGAUAUGUCGUCUGAUUUGCCGGAGAGUAAACGAAAGGAAUUUGCGGCCAAGGCUGUUAAGGAUAUUCUGCGCGAGUUGUGAUAUCUAUUGUCUGGACCUCGCGUAAAUAGCAAUGACAUCAUGCAGGCGUUAAUAAUAAUCAAAUAAAGUUGUAAUAAUGUAC